GAUUGGUUCUUGAAAAACAAGCCACUUCCUGAUUACUCAUGUGAUCUGUAUUUGGAUGUUGCAGGAAAGUCAUGUCCAACAGGUACCAGAUAGUGGUGCAGGGCGAGGCGUCCGAGACUGACUCUGAUGAUGAAGUCUACAUCACCUCACUGACUGCUGCCCAGACUGUCACUGCCGGAGCAAAGGUUCCAGGAGAGGCGUCUGAAACGGACAGUGAGGGUGAGACGGACGAGGCUGCCCGAAGCUCUGCAGUGAGACAAGAGAGUGCUCAGAUACUCAAGAGAGACCUGCCUCCUCUUAUUGUAGUCAGAGACCACCCUGACAUACAGUCCAUAGUGGAGGACAGGCCAAGCCCCUCACAUAAGCCACAAGGUGACACCCUUUUACAACAGAAGCUGCAGGAGUCUAACAGCCGGCUGUAUUCUGACGUGGGAUUAAUGGUGCGGCAGGUUUAUGGCAAUGCCAGCAAAGAGGUUCGCACUGCAACAUCUCAGCUGAAUGCCUCACAGACCGCCAUCAUCAACGCGUCUCACAGCAUCAGAUUAAUCCUGGACGACCUGAAGGCUGUGUCCGAGAAGAUUGACAUCAUCACCAGCUGUCAAAUACUGCCCGAUAUUAACAUCAAUAAUCCAAAUAAUUAUACUGCUCCUGUACCUUAACAAAAUAAAUGAAGAUCCACUUUGAAAUAAACAUAUCGUGACGAUAUUUACACUGAGUAUCUGUGAGAAGGACUCAAGCUGCACUAAAUAGCAUGCUAGCUCUACUACUGUGUUUACAUACAAUGCCUAUGCAUAAAUACAUAUAUUUAAAGGUUGCACACUACACAUGUAUUUACCUGUCGGGUACUGCCUGUCCUUGUGUUCGGGGUUUAAGAGUAGGAGUCAAGAAACAACAUACACGUUCUGUCAUCUCAUGUUUUGUUGAUCUCUUCCAAAGUUACACAUUUAUACAAAAAUUGACAUUUAUUUAUCUUACUACCGAUACAACUAAUGUAACUCGACAUUAUUUCAUAAACCAAUCUUGACUGAUUUUUGUACUUUUCUGGUCCUUUGUGAUAGGUCAAGAAAAUAGACCUGUAUGAGUUUCUUAUGUUGUUUUUUAUUUGCUUGUGUGCUAAAAUUGUUAAAAUAAGGGUAAGUCAGUAAUAUAAAAUCACACAUUUCCAUUAGUUCCUAAUGUUGCUCUCAUUUCUCAUUGUUUUGGCAGCCAGGAUGCUCUCUCUCUCUCUCUCUCUCUCUUUUUUUUUUUAAACGAUUCUGACUACAGAGUUGUAAAUUCCCAGAAGCAAGAUGAUGAUUCAUUAAUGAGGCUUUGAAUAAAAAUCAAUGUGGAGAAAACUAAAA